GCGGCGCUUUUAGAGAGAGGUAACCAGGCAACUUCAGCUGGAACAGCGGAGAGAAAGAACAGGGUAAAGGGUAAAAGAAGCGCAAAAAUCCCAUCAGUUUUGGUGUGCGAUAGAAAGGAUGUAGUCCAGGUUUGUGGCUAUCUGUUCCCGGCAUGGGAAAGUGGAUUACUGCUCUUCUACAGACGUGAGGACCGCGGUGGAGACUGGAUACAGAUUGCGCGUGGAUUUUUAUAAUGAGAAAUAUGGGAUCUGAACGCACCGGUUUAAAGCCCUUGUUGGGAGUGAAUGAGAUGCCGUGUCGAGGCUAGAGGCAGCAGUGUACUGUUUCAGAGUCAGUGGAAAGCCCAUCUAGAUGAGCCAGUCACAGCCACCCAGCUGCACGGUAAAGGAAUAAGGAUUUAAUAUGUCAACAGAGGCCGAGCUCCAGCCUGCUGCCAGACCCAGCGUCAGAAAGGAUUCCAAGAAGAGAGGGCAGGACCGCAGUGAGGCAGCUCUGAUAAAGCGUUUUAAGGGGGAUGGCGUUCGAUACAAGGCCAAGAUCAUUGGCAUAGAUGAGGUCGCCGCUGCACGAGGAGACAAGCUGUGUCAGGACUCAAUGAUGAAACUAAAGGGAAUCGCAGCCUCCGCACGGUCUAAAGGAGAACACAAACAGAAAGUUUUCCUCACUGUGUCCUUUGGAGGGAUCAAGAUUUUCGAUGAGAAGUCGGGGGUUCUUCAGCACCACCAUGCCGUCCAUGAGAUUUCCUACAUCGCCAAGGAUAUCACAGACCACCGAGCCUUUGGUUAUGUUUGUGGAAAAGAGGGAAACCAUCGGUUUGUGGCCAUCAAAACUGCUCAGUCUGCCGAACCGGUGAUCCUCGACCUCCGCGACCUUUUCCAGUUGAUUUAUGAGAUUAAGCAGAGGGAAGAGAUCGAGAAAAAGGCUCAGAAGGACAAGCAGUGCGAACAAGCCGUUUAUCAGACCAUUCUGGAGGAAGACGUGGAAGAUCCCGUGUAUCAGUACAUUGUAUUUGAGGCGGGACAUGAGCCCAUCCGUGACCAAUCAGAGGAGAGCAUAUAUCAGGUCCCCACCAGCCAACAAAAGGAGGGAGUUUAUGACGUCCCAAAGCGACAUCCAAAUAUCAACCAGUUAGAGUUAUUUGGAGACAUGUCUACCCCUCCUGAUAUCACCUCCCCUUCGACCCCAGCAUCUCCGGCUAAUACACUGGACCCUACACUGGCCCACCAGCCUCCAUCCGAACUGUUCACCCCCUUUAACCCUGCCUCUGUACCCUCAGGUUACGUGACGAUGGGAGCUGUGCCGCCCGCGUGGGCGCAGCAACAGUUUGCCGCUCAGGCUCCAUUAGCAUUUGGCGUCCAGUCCCCAGUGCAAGUUGCCCAGGUCUUACCGGGUGCUCAGCCUCUGAUUUGGGGCCAGGCCAACCUCUUUCCUGCCACCCAGCAACAGUGGGCCGCAAUGGCAGGAGCCCACUUUUCGCCUACCGCUUUCAUGCCUGCCCAGACGGUAGGGCCCCUUCCUGCCGCCAUGUUUCAGACACUGGCUCCCAUGGUGGUGCCCGCGUCCUGCGAGACGCCGACGGCGGCAAUGGGUGGAGCCGUGGCGGGAACCUCCGCCUCCACGGCCUCCAGUCCGCAGCACGGAGAGCGCACUUUGCAGAGACAGGCAAAGAUGAGCAAGGAGAUGUUUAAGGACUUUCAGAUGGCAAAGCCGCCAGCCAUGCCUGCGAGGAAAAGCGAGCAACCUAGUCUGACCUGCACCACGGACGCUUUUACCAGCUAUUUCAGCAGAGUGGGAAUGGCACAAGACACAGACGACUGUGAUGACUUUGACAUCUCGCAGAUGAACCUCACACCUGUGACCUCCACCACGCCCUCCACAAACUCACCACCCACCCCAGCCCCACGGCAGAGUUCUCCAUCAAAGUCCUCGUCCCAUGCUAGUGACCCACCCACCGAUGACUCUUUUGGUGAAGCAGAGGGCAGCCCUAGUCGGAGCGGGGAAGAGGACGCUGCUGGAGACUCUCAGCAGUCUCCGGGGGCGAGCGAGCCUCGAGCAGAGCCCGAGAGCUCAGAGUCGGACAGUCCUCAGGUCGGUAGCUAGAUAGCGGCAGGUCAGGGGGAAGGACCCUCUCUACGCCCAGAUCAACAAGGGGAAGAAGUGAAGGAUCAUGGGAACUCUGCACAGAGAGGACCAGCGCUGGGGGAGCAGGAGACCAAAACACUGGAGUUUAACUCUCUGCCCUGUGUGUGCGUGUGUGAAUAAAUGCAUCCGUCUGUGUGCACAAGUGUGAAAGCGUGUGUGUGCUUGUGCGUUUUUGUAUGAGCGUGAUCUUCAGGGCUCAGCUGUGACCGGUCACUCCAGCCUCACUGGUCAUCUUCUCCAAGCAGCCCAAUGCAGCGAGGCCUGACCCAGCCUUCACGAAGCCCUGUUCGCCUCUCUGGACGUUCCUCUCUCCAGAGCAACAUGACUUCCUCCGUUUCUACCCUCCCGCAAGGAAUGAGAAGGGCAGACUUUAUCUCUCUAUUCGUUUCUCACUGUGUUUCCUGCGCACGGACUGAAAGUGGGGCAUCAGCCACAGCUGCAUUGUGGGCGAUUUUAACUUUUAACUCCUCAUAGCCUUAUGAAUCCUGCUCUCCCGUCCAAUCAUUCCCUCUUUUGUCCAACUUCCUGUCUCUCUUAAAUCCCCACUCCAAGACUCUGUAUAGAGACCACACGGUAAAGAACUCAUAAGAGGUGACACACACGUGCAAAAGAGAGUUCGAGAAAUGUCACUGUCCAACACAGUCACCCCCACACGUAGAUCAGACCACAGUAAUUGAUCACAGAGUAAUCCAUGCGGAUUCCUCUCUGAAAUGUACGAUUCAUCCAUCUGGGUUUGUUUGGUUCCCCUUGCUCAUGUAUUCGAGAUUCUGCUGCUAGAAAGCUAUGCGGAAAUAAACAACACAAACUGUGGACCCUUCCGAUGGAGAACAGACACGAGGAACAACUUUUGCCAAAUCCGAUUCCAAGAUUUCGGAACUGCCCGGUGGGGGGAUCUGAGGGUCCGAACGUUGCAAAAACAAACUGAAUCUGUGAUUGAACUAUUCCUUCUCAAUAGCUUUUGUACAAUACUAACAAGAAAACAACACGACAUUGAAAUGGAAUUUUUAUUUUAUAAGUCAGUGAAGCCCUUGAAGUCAACUUUAGAUGUGUUUUAGGGGUAAACGUGGCUUUAAAAUCCAAUUGUUGGUUUGCCAAACUCAUUUUGUAAAUAAUAAUUAUUAUUAUUAUUGAUAAUAAUAAUGAUGAUGACAAUGACCAUGACAAAUAAUAUUGACGAUGAAAAACAAUGGUUCUGACUAUAACAGUGUUCAUUCCAUCCUGUGGACUUUUGUGCCAUAAAAUAGGCUGGCCUUAUAGUGAUGCAAACCCCUCAUUAAACCCAAGCAAUAUUAACGUGUGACCCAUAUUCCCAAGCUGUUUACAUUGCUGUCCCACAGUCAAUGCAUGUUGUGAGUCUUGAUUUUAGCAGGACAGGACACUGGAUUUAUUGAGAACAAGCCUGAGAGACUGUUAUGUUUUUAAUGAUAGAAAGGGUCCAAUCUUACAUUGACAGUGUCAUGUGUGCCGUCUGGUCCUCGGUCUCCCAUCUGAUCUGUUGUCAAGAGGAAGCUGAUAACUGUGACAAAGUUUAACCGGACCUUCUCAAAACCUUUCUGUUAAUCCAGCAAUUGCACACAUUCACUCAAAGAAACCUUAAAGUCAACAUGAGGACAACAUUACAACAGUAACCUGCUUUACGUUUUUUUAAACACAUACCUGGUUCAUGCAUAUGUUUAUUUUUAUUUUAUAUAUAUUACAUAAUAGCUGAAUGUCACUUAACAAUAAUGUUAUCAAGGUUAUGGAAAUUUGAUGGAUUUGAGAUAGAAGUGUAUUGCAAACAUCUAGGGCUGCAACGACGUGCGUGAAAUGCGUCGACGCUUCGUAUUAUUUACGUUUAUCUGCUGUAAUAGCAGUUUCUGUUUCCGGCCGUGUGCAAGUUAAUCAGCAGAACAAGAGAAAGUAUAAUUCACCCGACAAAAAGCGAUCGAGAGCCUUGGACGCAGUAAUUUAGUGAAUGGACGGAGGAAUUCCCCCUAACGUUACCCCCGGAAUGCGAUCAUCACAGCUUGGACACGCAAUCACAAACGGACGGAGAGGGGCACGUAGAUGUAGACUUUCAUAAUAAAUUACUUUUUUGUAAUUUACUUUUUUGUAAUGUAAAACUACGCUUUACAUUAACGCUAUUGUAGUAGUGUAAGUUAGUGAAUGUGAACCUUUGCAGAUUGUGACCCUGCUUAAACUACUUUUAAGCUUCAAAAAGGAUUGACUAUCAUGAAACCACCAAUGCACUUUUUAUGUCAUUCGUUAGCUUUAUGCGAGGAAUAAACCAAUAUAGCAUAAUUAAGAAACUCUGACCUCCGCUGGUGCUGUCUGUCAAUCUCCAGUCAGCAUGCGUGUGUACGGUGACGGUCAGGACGCUACUCUUUCCAAGAUGUUCCAAUGUUUUCAUUAUUCUUCAUAAUGACAAGAUGAUAGUCUAUGGUUUUGUUUAAAAUGUAUUUUGCUAGAGACUGUGAGUUAACGUUACUCACUGAGUAGAGCUUAGCUUAUUAGAAGCACUUGAAGCGGUCUGAAUAUAUUGCGUCUUCAUACGAAAUAACUCUUUUUAAACCUCUGAUUUAACUGUAUACUGUCGGAUUGAUGCAACGCUCUAUGUGUUAAACAUGUAACAUAUCAUCUCUUCUCGUUGUGUUCUAACUUUUAUUUACUUUGGGGAGCAAAAUGAUCCCCGGGACUUCAGAAGGAGUAGGUGCUUUAAGCGCAUCAUUGUGCGUCCGGGAUGCGCAUAACUGUAAAUAACAAAGCGAAUGCAUUAAGCUCGUUAUUCUGAGUUCCGGGUGCGCGGGCUCGUUUUAACGCCAUUCUGCAUUACAGUCUUUUAUUCGGUGAUAGUUUUGUACAAUAAACAGAGACAGAUAGUAGUAUUUUACUUUUACUCAAUUACAUUAUGAGACUGAAAAUAGAGUCGGAUAUUACUUGGAGGAAAAAAAUACAGAGCAUAUAUCAUGCUCUAGUAUUUCAUAUACACAUUUUUUUAUGUUUUUACAUUUAGUCAUUUAGCAGACGCUUUUAUCCAAAGCGACCUACAGAUGAGGGAAACAAUGGAAGCAAUUGGAACAACAUAAGCACAACAAAAAGCAUAAGUGCAAUAAAACAUUUUUUACCUUUAAUACAGUACUUAAGUACAUAAAAAAUCUGUAUUUUUUACUUUUAAAAUUAAAACUACUUAAUUAAAAGAAGAUGGUGAUUUUAAUGUAAACACGGAUUAAAAUGUUAAAACAACAAUAUUUAUUUAUAAAAUGUAGUGGAGUAAAAAGUAUGAUUUGCUUUAUAAUGUAAGAAAAUACUAGAACGUAUUGUUUAUUUGCAAAGUUUGCCAAAGGAUUAAUAAAGUAAUCCAAAAAAAUUUUUAUUAGAUUAAUAAAAAACAAUAAUCGUUAGAUUAGUCGACUAAUCGAAAAAAUAAUAAUCGUUAGAUUAGUCGACAAUUAAAAUAAUCGUUAGUUGCAGCCCUACAAACAUCACACAUUCGUGUCCAGCUCCCUUUUAAAGGAGUAGUUCACUUCAAAAUUUGCCCCCAUUCACUUCCAAAGUCAUUUUUAUUCCUACUAUGGAAAGUCAAUAGGGCAAAUUUUGAAGUGAGCUACUACUUUACUAUAAAACGCCUACUGGACAAAACCCAUACAUUUUUCUUUUUUUUAACUUUUCACUCAAAAAGUCACAUAACAUAAGCAAAAUGUGAUAUAGUCCCAAAUUAUGUUUUAUGCUCAUUUUAAGGCCCUUUAAUGACAAAGUUAAAUGGUUUUACAUCAGAACAUGAGUCUGAAAUGUAACCUUCAAAUAGGUAAUAUCACCAAUAAUGACAUUCAUUACAUCUGAAUACAUCAGAGUAUUCCAUUACUGUGAUGACAACUUCUUCCUCCUAUUUUAUGGCCAAAGUCCUGUUUUAAUUUGAAAGCCGUUUGAACCUUCAAAAUCGACAUUUUGGAAAUUAAGAAGACAAAGGUAAAAUACGGAAUGGGAAACCUUACAAUUUGAGUACAUUUCUAUUUUGACUUUACCUCAGAUAAUGGUUUGGUAAUGUAAAAGGACACCUUAUUUUUAUCUUGAUGAUAACGACAUUAUACAGUGGAAUUUUAGAUAUUUUUCUUUUCUCUUGAUUUACGUAACCCACCAUGUAAUACUGUUACCAAUAAACACAUCCCAAAAUGUGCUGUGCCUCUGUAAUUUAGCAACAAAGUACCAUUGUACAAUGUAUUUAAAGUGCACUGUUGAAGAUGUUUCAUAUUAUAUGUGCCCUUACAGCAUCUUUGUAUGUGUUUGCAUAUUGCAUAUCGAUUCUGUCCUUCUGACCUCGUAUAUCCAUAUUUCAUGAUUAUUUGUGAAUCAUUAUUAUCAGUCACACUUUAUAUUUGUCACUGGGUUUUGCAAAUAUCGAACCAAUAUAAAGUAUUAAAAGGUGCUUGUCAACUUUGACAACACAGUGUUUAAUUGUUUAUAAAGUACAGUGUUUUCCAUUUCCUGAAAAACAGAACUUGGAUAUCCAAGGUUUCAAAAGGACAGCGACGAUAUCUGAUCCUGACAUUCAGUCCAAAGUCCCACAACCUAUAGAUAUAUGCAACUCAACUCCAAGAGUUACGAUGGCACAAGCCAUCUUAAAAUGUUACAGGCCGUGUGCAUGAUUUCUUUGCUACAAUUUUAAAGAAAAUUUCAAAGAAACAAGCAAAU